UCACAAAGUCGCAGAAACUCAAAUUCUUUCAAAGUCUUUCAAUCUCGAGUAAAAUUCAAAUCAAUUGAAAAAAAUUGGCAAUUAUGGAAUUAUGAUGCUUCAUCCUUCUGCUGGCAUCUCCCACCAUUUUUUCAACUUUAUAAAUGCAAACUUAUAAUCAGACUUACCAAUGGAUCAACCAGCAUAUCAACAGGUAUAAUAGAAGGUAACUCUUCAGACUGGAAAGACUCUUCAGAUGCAUUAGAGGACUCUUCAAGAGGUUCAUCAGGUGAUCAAAUAAUACCACAACAUCGACAACCAGAAACAAUACCACAGAAAACGAAAUCAAAAUUCCCAAAGGUUAUAUUAAAGAGUCAGAAAUCUUUUGGUGAUUCCCCUCGUUCAUCUGGUUCACAAUCUCCUUCAAGUGCCUCCGUUAGGGAAAACGAUCAAAUUACAAUUCUUCAAGAUAAAUUCAGUAAACAAUUUUUCAACACUGGUCAUGAUACUCCAGUUGCGGUAGCAUCAAGUUCAUCAAAAUACAAUGUUGGUAGUUCAAAUGCAGGCGCUAAUAGUUCACCGAUCAUCUCAUUGAAUACUUCAGAAGAAAUCAAUGGUUAUAGAAUAAUCAAAGAGAUUGAACAUGAAUUUGAAAGUUAUAGAAUUUAG